AUUCACAUCACCACACCACACACAAACUCAUCUUCUCACACUUCCAUUCCAUUCCUUACACUCCUCUUCAUUCUUCAUCACCUCCGAUCCCUCCUUAAUUAAUGUAGUAAUAAUAUAUAUGCACUAUUCUCCCAUGAAAAUCAUCCCUCUCAUACAAGAUCAACAACGUAACCCAAGAGCCCUUCUUUAAUUUAUUUAUUAUUAUGGCUUUUUCUUCUCUGCACAUCUGCAUGGACUCACCAGAUCACUGGUUCCAGGGAACAGUUCACGACGAGGUCUCCGGCGGCAGCGGCAGCGGUGGCAUGGAUUCUUCUGGCUCGCCAUUAUCCUCCUCCGGCGACAUUAUGAAAUGCUCGGCAAGGCCAAUGAUGGAGAGAAGAAUGAGACCCCCACACGACCAAGCCCUCAAGUGCCCCCGCUGCGAUUCAACCCACACCAAAUUCUGUUACUACAACAACUACAGCCUCUCUCAGCCCCGCUAUUUCUGCAAGACCUGCAGAAGGUACUGGACUAAGGGCGGCACCCUCCGCAACAUCCCCGUCGGCGGUGGCUGCCGGAAAAACAAGAAACUCUCCUCCAAUUCCAAGAAACACCACCAAUCCAACAACAACAAUAACAAUGACAACCAAUCACAUUCUUAUUCUACUUGCCCUAAAGAUCUUCAGCUUUCUUUCCCCGAUGUCCAAUUUUCUCACCUCAGUAACAUUAUUCUUGGUGGUAACGUUAACCCUAAUCAUAGUAGCUUCAUGGAGAGCAAGUUCCACGUUGGCAUGCUUGAGAACAAUCUUGUUAGGCCAAUCGAUUUCAUGGAGAGCAAGCUUGAAGGCAUAAUUGGGAGCGGUAUUAAUAGUUCUAGAAGCUUUGAUUUCUUUGGGAAUAAUAAUAGUAAUGGCGGCGGCAACGACAACAGCAAUAACAACAUCAACAUGAUGAUGCUUGGUAUGGCUAAUAAUGUUGGCUUGGGACCUAACAAUUUUCAUGCACUUAAUUGCUCUCCAAUUGCAUCAUUUGGCGGCAUGUCAUCACUUAAUGGUGGCGGUUGCGGCAACAACAGUGUCAACAACGUUGGUAAUAGUUAUAUUAUGGAUUCUUCAUCUUCAUGCCAUGAGAGAAUGAUGCUGACAUAUGAUGAUGAUAAUAAUAAUGCCACGAUUGAUGUAAAGCCAAACCCUAAGCUUCUUUCCCUUGAAUGGCAGGAUCAUGGUUGUUCUGAUGCAGGAAAAGACUCAUUUGGGUACCUCCAUAGUCAUGGAUCAUGGUCUGGCAUGAUCAACGGCUAUGGUUCCUCCACAACAAACCCUUUGGUUUAAUAAUCUAUGUAUUUAUCACUUUAUCAUGAAAAAGAUAGAGUAUGAUUUUCACUUUUAGUAUAAAUCAUACUGUAUUAUAUAAUGAUAAAAUGAUAAAUAUAUAUAAAAAAUAGUCUUUUUAUGAAUAGGAUCAAAUUGCUAAGCUUCGUUAUAGACUUAAUUGAGUUUGGUUAAUUUGAUGAAAGGUGCUAGUCAGUCAACAAAUUAAAGAGAGGGUGUGAAUGAGAAGGUUGAGAGUCCAAAUAGACUGCCUUGGAUGCGUUGCCUUUUGAUUUGAUUAAUAUAUAUAUAUAGUAUAAGGAUUCGUGUCUUUGUGUGCGACACGUCAUGGAAGCUUUAGGAUCUUAUGUGAUGUAACAUCGAGGAAGAUAUGGUUGUAGUAAUCUUUAUACACUAUAGUGCUCUAUAAAUAUAUGAUGUAAUGAUAUAAUCUAUGCCAUCUUUAUGAAUGAA